UCGUCUGAGCUAGAAAUAUCUCUUCACAUCUUUGAUGAUCGUCAUUUUGUUCUCGUCUUCCAAACAAAGAUCGGUCUAUAUUUCCACGACUCUUUUGAAAAAAGCAGAAUUCGGCAUCACUCGAUUCUAACUGGAGCUUUCAACUUUUGAUCCUAUUAAAAACUAGAUCCGAAUUCGAAACAAACACGUUUUUUGCUCUCUUCCGGGACAUUUUGUUUAGAAUUACAGCAUUUUGACCAACCCGGAUCUCGGAAAGCCAAUGCAUAGUUUAUAUGUUUUUAUUGUUUCUUCUCUUUUUUUUUUUGUACAUAGGUUUUUCUUUUACGAAAACAAUCGUUUUGUUUGGCUGCCGAGAAAACGAUAGGGAAAGGAAAAAAAGUUCAAAAUUUGGGUUUUAGAUUCUACGUUGCCAUCUGGGCCCAAUGCAAGUCUUUUGGGCUUGCUUCAACUAAAGUGGCAUUGCAUUGCAUUCCUUUUGUUUUUCUUUUUCCAAGUAAAAACGGAUAUAUAUUUUUUUUUUGAAAAGUUGUACAGUCUGCCCUUCAAAAAGAUAUCUUUUACUUUCUUUUCCUACGUUUUCUUGAUAACCAAUCGAGUUUUUUGAUAUUUUAAUGCAGUAUAUGAUUCUUUUUCCCUUCCACGUUACAGGUUUAAGAUUAGCAGAUGAAAUUCUAGAUCUUGAGCUGUAAUGUAGCUUCGAAUCCGAUUCCUUGAGUUAGUUAAAGCUUAAACUUUGAUCGGUUUCGCUUGUGAAUUCUCGAGUUGGCCAUGGUUUUCUGGGAAGGAUAUGUGAGUGACGAAGCGAUGGGCACGUUUGCCCCAAUCGUGGUUUACUGGUUGUACGCGGGGUUUUAUCAGCUGCUGCCGCCUUUGGACAAUUACCGCUUGCAUUCUAAGAAAGAGGAGGCAUUGAAGAAUUCGGUGCCUCUUUCGUUUGUGGUCAAGGGCGUUUUGCUGCAGCAACUCGUCCAGGCGACCGUUGCCCAAGGGCUCUUCCUGUUGACCUCAAAGGCUAAUGCAUCAGGGAUCAUGAUUCAGCCUUCCAUUCCUGUUCAAAUUGUACAGAUUGUGGUUGCAAUGUUUGUGAUGGACACAUGGCAGUACUUUGUGCAUCGCUACAUGCAUCAGAACAAAUUUCUGUACCGCCAUGUGUACGCCCAGCAUCACAGGCUGGUUGUACCCUAUGCAGUUGGGGCCCUUUACAAUCACCCGCUUGAAGGUCUGUUCCUCGACACUUUGGGCGGAGCUAUAUCUUUUCUGGUCUCAGGAAUGACUGCAAGAACGGCUGUGAUUUUCUUCUGCUUUGCCAUCAUUAAAACUGUUGACGAUCACUGUGGUCUUUGGUUGCCUGGAAAUAUCUUCCAUAUUAUCUUCCAGAACAACAGUGCUUAUCAUGACAUCCAUCAUCAACUCCCAGGCUUGAAGUACAACUACUCUCAGCCUUUCUUUCCCAUAUGGGAUAAACUUCUUGGAACUUACAUGCCAUACAAUCUUGUAAAACGACAUGAAGGGGGUCUUGAGGCAAGAGCAAUGAAAGACUAGAUGUUCACUAACAAUCUCUGUGUAUUAUUCUAAGCUCUCACUUGAACGGGGAUCGUGCUUUUUUGAUGUCACUCAAUUUGUGGUGUCGCUGAUGGAGCUAUUUAUUUGAGGCUAUGGAAGGCAUCUAGUAGAAGUUGAUUUGAGUUCAUUCCCUUUUUGAUUGCUCUCAUGUUUUGGCUCGUUCCUUGUGAGUACACCAACCUCUCAUCUGAACUUCAGUUGUGUUAUAAUGUGGCAUAAGUUUCCUUCUUGGGCAACAAUUAGGAUCAUCUUCAGGACUCUUAAGAUUGGUCUACCUGUAUGUUGCUUAGAGUGCUAGAAAUUGCUUGCAAGUAAUGAACUUGUAAGAAAGACACCAAACCUAAAUUCUGGCAAUAAUGAACGAUGAUAUAUACACUACAAGCUUCACGCAGGUCUUUUAUGAAAAAGUGGUUCCCAUCGUGUGAAAA